AUGAAUGAUUUCAAAGAUGCUCAAUUGAAUGGGACUAGUAAUUGGAAAACACGUCCCCGUCAAAUCAAAGAAAAAUGGGAUACUCUUGCUAUUUUCAAAGAUGAUAAACUAGUUUUAAUGAAGUUUAAUAAUACGGAAAUCGAAGAUAUUAAUUCUAAUACUCAAACAAAUGUAUGCGGGUCUUAUAAAUAUUUUGUGGAUUCAAGUUAUGUUCACUUUUCUUCGGACGUUCUUGAUAGUUUUAACAAAUCAUUUAAAAUUAAACAUGAGUUAAAGAGUGAGUAUUGGGAAUUAGCUGCUCAAGGAGAACAAGAGACGCCAAUGCAAAAAUAUUAUAGAUUGAAGUUUGAAACCGAAGACUUGUUGAUACAAGUAUCUAAUUUUCAAAUAGUAAAUGAAAGAGAUCAAAAUGAAACUCUAUGUGCUAAUAUUGGAUUACAAAUACAAAAUAUAUUAAACAAAUUAUGUAUAUUUAGCGUUAAUGGACAAUUAUCUUUAGAAAAUCAUGAAACUACAAACAUUUUUAAUUUACAAACGUACAUUACUACUAAAUUGUUUGAAAAAUGUCUAAGUAGUGUUGAUAAAGAACAGUUCAUUGUUAUUAAUAAUAUUUCCAAAGUGUUGAAUAUUAGAAAAAUAUUCAAAGAUUUACAACCUAAUACAUCAAAGAUUGUACAACUACUACAAAUAUCACGAUUAGAAGAUCGUCUUAAAAAAUUGGAAGUAAUUAUUGGAUCUGAAAAAUCAAUUUUGAUGCGCUUAGCUGAUAAAAACCACAGCGAUGGAUUGGUUGAGGCCGUUUACAUAUUAAGGCAACUGUCCAAACUAAUUUUACCUCAAAUUAAUGUAAUUGAAUCCAGAAUUGUUUACUUACUACCUAAGUUAAAACAAAUUACUUCAAAAAAACUUGACCAAAAAUUAGAAGUAGAUGAAAAAACGAAUAAACUCUAUGAAUUUAUUCAAAGAGCAAGAGAAAAAUCAAAUUUGUUACCCCAUACUAUACAAAGAAUGACCAUUUUAGAUAUUUUUCGUCAUAAAGUUGAGACAUUUGCUGUAACAAUGAACAAUUUUAGAACUCAAUAUUCAGAAACUUCUAAAACUCUCAAGAACAAUGAACUAUUACUUCAUAAUAUUGAAACUUUUAUACCUAAACAUUUAGCAAGUGUGGUUUCUAAUUUGCAAUCCUUAAAUUCUCGAAUAGAAGUGUUUGCUGAUCAAUGGAAAAAUAUUGAAAUGUAG